CGGGACACGCAGCGCGUAAGACGGCGGCCGGGGCGGGAGCGGGAGCGCCGGGCAGGAGUCCGGGGACAGUCCGAGGCUGCGGAGCGGGCCCGGUCCAGGCCGAGGCUACAGGAGCGUAGCGGGCCCGUCCCGGGACGCCGGCAGCAGUCAUCAUGCUGCGCUGCAUUCCCCUCUGGCGCUGCAACCGGCACAUCGAGGCGGUGGACCGGCGCCACUGCUCCCUCAGCGGCGUCCCUGAGGAGAUCUACCGCUACAGCCGCAGCCUAGAGGAGCUGCUGCUGGAUUCCAACCAGCUGCGGGAGCUGCCCAAGCCCUUCUUCCGGCUGCUGAACCUGCGGAAACUGGGCCUGAGUGACAACGAGAUUCAACGGCUGCCGCCAGAGGUGGCCAAUUUCAUGCAGCUUGUGGAGCUCGACAUCUCUCGAAACGAUAUCCCAGAAAUUCCGGAGAGUAUUAAAUUCUGCAAAUCUCUGGAAAUUGCUGAUUUCAGUGGGAACCCUCUCUCCAGGCUUCCUGACGGAUUCACACAGUUACGGAUCCUUGCACAUCUCUCCCUCAAUGACGUAUCUCUCCAGUUCCUACCAAACGACAUUGGCAAUUUAUCGAACCUGGUUACACUGGAACUCCGGGAGAACCUUCUAAAGACACUGCCAACAUCUCUGUCUUUCCUGGUGAAGCUGGAAGAGUUGGACCUGGGCAGCAAUGAACUUGAAGUGCUGCCAGAUACUUUGGGAGCUCUGCCAAACCUUCGGGAACUGUGGCUGGACAGGAAUCAGCUUACUGCACUGCCUCCGGAAUUGGGAAAUCUCAAACGCCUGGUCUGCCUUGAUGUUUCGGAAAACAAGCUGGAGAAGCUGCCUGAUGAGAUCAGUGGGCUGGUGGCCCUGACAGACUUGCUCCUCUCCCAGAACCCCCUGGAGUUGGUACCAGACGGCAUUGGUCAGCUGAAGCAGUUAUCUAUUCUGAAGGUGGAUCAGAAUCGGCUAACUCAUCUGACGGAAGCUGUGGGCGAAUGCACGCACCUGACAGAGCUGAUUCUCACCGAAAACCUGCUCACUACACUUCCCAAGUCGCUUGGAAAGCUGAAGUUGCUGACAAAUCUGAAUGUGGAUCGGAACAGACUGGUGGAUCUUCCGGCUGAACUGGGAGGCUGUGCAAGUUUAAAUGUACUGAGUCUCCGAGACAACAGACUAACACAUCUCCCACCUGAACUGGCCAAGGCGUCUGAGAUCCAUGUUCUGGAUGUGGCUGGGAACAGGGACAUUCUUGUAUUGAAGCAGUGCCGUCUGGUCCUAAACUCUCUCACCACUGGAAACAUCCUCUCCACAUCUACUCUAUCUAGGUCUUUCAGUAUAUGGUUGGUGAAUCUUCCGUUUGCGCUGACGAACUUGAAUCUGAAGGCGCUGUGGCUCGCAGAGAACCAAUCUCAGCCGAUGCUCAAAUUCCAGACGGAGGACGAUGAGAAGACAGGCGACAAGGUUCUCACCUGUUACCUGCUACCUCAGCAACCCUCCCCAAGCCUGGAGAACCUUUUGAGUGACAGCCUGGAUGAGACGUGGCUGGAGCCGAACGUGAACCGUGUCAGUGUGAUCCAGUUCCAGGAAGAGCCUGUGCGCGGCGAGGAGAACGAUGAAGAAGCAGAGAGACGAGGUGGCUUACAGCGCAGGGCGACCCCACAUCCCAGUGAGCUGAAGGUGAUGAAACAGGCAAUAGAAGAACGCAGAGGAGAGACACUCACCAUGAAAGCACAGGAGGCCCCUGAGUCUCCGGAAUCUCCAGAGCCCCCAGCACUGGGGUGUGAGGAAGAACGGCUGAGUGCAGAGUCAGAUCAGAGCCCGGACUGCCGCCUGUCAAACGGUGAGCUGUGCCCCACCACAGACAAUCUAGAACCGCCCGUCACUUCGCUGCCAACAGAGCAGGCUUUAGAGGAGCGGACUAGUGACUCCGAGGAUCACAAUGAGGAGGAAGAUGAUGAAGACGGAUACUUUGAGCCGACAGUGCGAUUCACAGAUGAUACAGUGAUGAGGGGUGAAGGCGAGGAAGGAGUGGGCGAGGGCGAUUCCUUCGUUGCCGAGAAGCAGCGUCUGAUUCGUAAGGACACACCGCACUACAAGAAGCAGUUCAAGAUUAACAAGCUGCCGAGGCCCGAGGCGGUGAUGGCCAUGCUGCAAGCCAUGCCCAGCGCCGAGCUGCAGGAGGAGGGGGUUCAGGCGCCCGAUUGUAGCCUCCCCACGGACCUGCCGGAGGUCAGAGCCGAAAGGAUCUCUCAGCCCCCUGUGAAGGGGGUCUCCUUUGAUCAAGUCAAUAACCUGCUGAUCGAGCCUGCUCGAAUUGAGGAGGAAGAGCUGACCCUGACCAUUCACCGGCUUACUGGAGGACUGGGUAUCAGCAUCGCUGGUGGCAAGGGGUCAACCCCCUACAAGGGCGAGGAUGAGGGAAUCUUCAUCUCCCGGGUGUCAGAGGAGGGUCCGGCAGCUCAGGCUGGGGUCCGAGUUGGAGAUAAGUUGCUGGAGGUGAACAGCGUAUGCCUGCAGGACGCAGAGCACCACCAGGCCGUGGAGGCGCUGCGGAGUGCGGGGGGCCUGGUGACCAUGACUGUCCUGCGGGAGCGGAUGGUGGAGCCAGAGAACGCAAUCACUGUCACGCCGCUGCGGCCCGAGGAUGACUAUGCUCCCCGGGAGCGGCGGGGAGCGCGCAGAUGGGCAGAGGAGACGGCUGGCGGCCUGUGUGAGCGGUUCUCCACGUGCCUGGUCCGGGAUGAGCGCGGCCUGGGUUUCAGCAUUGCCGGCGGCAAGGGCUCGACUCCCUACAAAGCAGGAGAGACGGCGAUCUUUAUCUCACGAUUGGCAGAAGGGGGCUGUGCUCACAGAGAUGGGAUCCUGCGUGUCGGUGACCGGGUGAUCUCGAUCAAUGGGGUAGAGAUGGCAGAAGCCAGGCAUGACCACGCGGUAGCUCUCCUUACUGGCACCGCACCCACCAUCAGCCUGGUUGUUGAGCGCGAGGUGACAGGGAACGGGCAACCGGCCAACGGCUCCCCCACCCCACACGUCGCCCGACCUCAGUCACCCCCACCUACGGAUACCUACACCCCGGGCAACAGCCCCCCACACAACCACCGCAGUACUGAAGACCUCUACCCUGUGCAGGAGGUCACGCUGCUGAAGACAGGGGGCCCCCUGGGCCUCAGUAUUGUCGGGGGAAGCGACCACGCCAGUCAUCCCUUCGGCAUCCAGGAACCCGGAGUCUUCAUCUCCAAGGUAGUCCUGGAUGGACUGGCUGCCCGGGUUGGGCUGCAAGUCGGAGACCGGAUCCUGGAGGUGAAUGGUAUUGACCUGCGCCACGCUACACACCAGGAGGCCGUGAUGGCCCUUCUCUCCCACCAGCAACAGAUCCGGCUCCUCGUCCGCCGGGAUCCCCCGCCUCCGGGGAUGCAGGAGAUCCGGAUUGAGAAACUCCCAGGGGAGAAGCUGGGAAUCAGUGUGCGUGGGGGAGCGAAGGGACACCCUGGCAAUCCGUUCGAUGCCACCGAUGAGGGUAUCUUCAUUUCCAAGGUGAGUGCAAGCGGAGCAGCAGGGCGUGAUGGGAGGUUGCGGCCAGGGCUGCGCAUUCUGGAAGUGAACAACCAGAGCCUUCUGGGGACCACCCAUAGCGAGGCCGUCCGCAUCCUGAGAGGUGUAGGCGACACCCUCACUGUCCUGGUGUGUGACGGCUUCGACCCCAGCACUGCCCCCACUCUUGCCGAGUCGUCCCCUGGCGUCAUUGUGAACCCCUUUGCCUCUGGAAUGGGUCGAAAGAACAGUAUGGAGAGCAUCUCAUCCAUCGAUCGAGAUAUGAGCCCUGAAGAAGUGGAUAUUCUGCAGAAGGAAAUUGAAAUGGUUCGGGAGUCGUCGCUCUGGGAACGAGAGGAGCUGGAGAAAGUGGAGAGAAUGCGGAGGGAGCAAGAGGAGGCAACGCGGAAGUUGGAGGAGGAAGAGAGUCAAUGCACUGAACCUAUGAAAUUGGAUUAUAGGACCCUGGCGGCCUUACCCAACAGUGGCAUCCACCGGGUGCCUCGGACUAGCUCCAGCAGCAACUCAGUCUCCAGUAGCAGUGUCCCACCAGAGUCUGGCAGCUCACCAGUCCCGCCGGACCAUGCUGUGCACAGAAACUUCAGAGCCAAGCCCAGCCCUGAGGAGGGUGAGGACGGCGUAUUCACAGUGGCAGUGCACGGAGUGGAGGAGGGAUUUUCGCUGAGGAGCUACACAGCACCCACCGGCAAUGCCUGGGCCCCGGGCAUCGGGAGGAGGCUAGAAACAGAGGUAACUGUUCAGCUGAUGAAGGCAGUUUCAGUGGAGAGAGCGAGGCUCAUGACCUGACCAAUACCAGAGGUU